AUGGGCGAGAACAAGAUCACCUACUUCGGUAUCAAAGGCAAAAUAGAAACUAUGAAAUAAAGAAAAACUUAUGAUGGAGAUGCAGUUUAUAUAUCAGUAUGAAUUUAUUGGUAAUUUAACCCGAAUGAUUGAAUAAAGAAAUGUAUGGAAAGGAUUCUGACAUAUGGUCAAUUGGUAUUUCAGCUGCAGAAUGUUUAAUGGGCAAACAUUCUAUAUAGAAAACUCAAUUUAUAUGGUUAAUGAAUUAUUUUAUUUAACAUACAGAAUGUUCAAGCUAAGAUUAAAGUAGAAAUGAAAAAAAUUGA